AUGUUGCAAGCCAAAGAGGGAAAAAGCAAUUUGAUUGACAAAAACGACCCAAUACAAUACCACGAAAAUCAAGAAAAAAUGAAUACUAAAUUAAUCCCAAAAAUCGUACCUUUAUAUGAUGGACAAGAAUUAAAUAUUAAUCAACAGCUAAUAUCGAAUGGACUCUCCACUAUUUCAAUACGAAAUAUAAAAACGAAUGAAUCUGCGAUCAAAAAAAGAAAUUCAUUUUUCAACCUCCAUCGUCCAGAAUUAAAAGGUUUGCAUAUUGUAUCCACUAUGAACAAUCAAGAAAGAAUAUUACAGCAACACAUUUUAAAAGAAGUAGAAACUAUCCACAAAAUACGAUCAAUGAAAUCAUUCUCAACAAUUAAUAAAUGUCAAGAAAAAAAUCAAGCUAUGUUGGAAAAUAACAAUAUUGAUACCGCAAAAUUACAAUUAGAAACAGAUCAAUUGUGUGUGCUUGAUGAGGAGAUAAAAUCAACAGUUAUCAAUUGA